AUGAAUAAGAGCCUAUUAAUUUACUAUUUUUUUAUAAUAGUAGUAAUUCUAAUUUCAAUUAAUGGGAGUUCAUUGGGUAAGAAGAAGAAUUUGGUAGAUUAUGAAGAAUGUGAAAACCCUGAAUAUUUUUUUCCAUGGGGUAAUGACUACAUGAAUGCUUGUUUGAGUUUUCAGUGCCAUAAGGUUCGGGAACAUAAAAACUGGUACCGCUUUUGGGAUAGAAAGCCAAAAUACAUACAUAAUAAUAUUAAUGGCAAUGAACAGGUAAUUCAAUGUUCAGAUUGUGAAGGUUUUUUAAAAAAAGGAGCUCUUUUUGGUGGAAUGUCACUUUGUACUCCAUUGGAAUUUGGUGGAAACUUUGAUACUCCGAAAGGUUGGGUAUCAGUAGCUACAGCAAACUUACAAUUAAACAAAGAAAUUAAGAACAAAAGUUCAAUAAAAUUAAUCCCAGAUAACUGGAGAAUUGAUGGAGAAACUGCGAAAUCAACUUUGGACUUGUCUAAAUGCUCUAUUUCAGAGGAAGAUUCUGCAGUAGCUUUAUCUAUAAUAGUAACUUUAUCAAACAUACAUGAAUCUUCAAAAAAGCUUCCAAAGUAUAGAGGUAUUUUAGGCCUGUCAGAUGACUCGAUUAAUGUUAGAAUUAAAACUCUUGGAAUUGACAUGGAAAAAUCUAUGGAUGGCCCUGAUAACGACUUAGAUGAAGAUGAAUUUGAUGAUGAUGAGUAUGAAAGUGAGGAUUUACAGCAAAGCAUGGUCCAAGAUGACGAUUAUAAUGAAUACUUAUUGUAUGACAUGAACAAGAUGGUAUCAACCCACCAUAGAAUUCCCAGAGAUUCAUCUAACACCAAAGCCAAAAACAAAAAGAGAAACGUUAAAAAGCAAAAACCAUUCACUGGUGCGGAAAAGCUUCCAACAAAAUGGAAACUUAGCAAAGGGCAAACUUCAAUUUAUUCAUCAUCUGACAUUGUGAGGCUUGAUCUCGCUUCAGGUCUUCAUCCUAAUGAUCUUGUCGAAGUUAUUCUUACAUGUAAUAACAAGUACAUGAAUUGCAAUAUCCAAGGCUUCGCCUCCUGCUUUAAUAUUCUCUGUAAAUCCGUCACCAAGGAAGAAUUAAUUCGUAGAGCAGCUUUAAAAAAAGCUAAACAGUUCAUUUCAAAUUCUAUUAUUACAGGAAGAAUAAAACCCAUAAUGAAUUAUAAUGACAUACAAUUCCAGCAAAGUUUCCCGCCAACUAACACAGGCCCAAUAAACAUGCAAUCUCAAUAUCAAAAUGCAAAUGUUCCCGUUAGAGGAGCCAAUUACGGGGUUCCAAAAAUGGUCUUUGUUAAUAAUGGUGCACAAAACAUGAAUAUAGGUAACCAAGUUGGAACUUCUGGAAUUUUGAAUGGUUUUGUUCAACAACCAGUAAAUACAAUGACUUCUCAGAAUGUCACAGUGCCCAAUGUUUUUAGAAUAUCUGUUGUACCAAACCAAACUCAAGCAAAUACCCAUUACCAGGGUUCGAAUAAUUUGGUUUCUAUUAAAACAGUAGCCAAGACACAGCAAUCAAAAAAAGAACAGAAAAAACCCAAUAUCCACAAAUUAAUGAUUGUCAAUAAUAAAAGUGACGUCCAAAAUCAGUUUAACACUGCUACAAACCCCCCACAGAAAAAUCAAUAUGUUUUAAAGGCUAGAGUAGAUAUGAUUCAAACUCCUGAACCAACAACUACGCCUACUAAUAGUAAUUACAUUGUGAAUGGGUUGAACUGUAAUGGUGGGCAAGCUCCUGUUGAGUAUAAUUUAUUAUUAAAUCCAAAACUAUCAACAACUUGUGAGCAAGUUUCUAAACCAAAAAGUGUGAGAGCUAGUUAUAUUGUAAAUCAAAAUCCAACAAAUCCUGUGGAUAAACCUCAAACAAUCAAUAUCAAACUCCAGCAGCCCCCAGCAUUAAGACCUAAAAAGAAAACGGCUAAAAUUCCAGACACUAUCAAAUUAAAUGUUGUGCUACCAACAACGACUACUACUCCUGUACCAGUUCAAAUUAAGUUGGUUAAUGCUGGUAAACCUAUUCAAGCAAAGAAAAUGGUUAAUAUGGUUUCUAAAGUUGACAAGAACGAAGUAAAACAGGUUAAAAAACCACAAAACAAUAUUGUACUAAGGUGCAAUUUGAAUAUUGAGUCUGAAAAAGUUGAUAAGAAUUGCAAUCAUGUUUUUAAACCAAAAAAGGUUAAAGAAACUCCAGAACCAAAAGUCGUAAAGAUUGUGGUUGAAAACGCGCCUAGUAAGACCAAUAAAACUUUUAAAUCGAAUAAGUCAGGUUCAGAUAAAGUUAUAGAGGCCAGAAUUGUAGAAAAUGUCAAUGAAAGAAAGUCAGGAAAGAAGGUUCUUAACUUAGUACCUAAGUACACUUCCUCUAGAGAUAAUAAGGACACUUUAUCAUCUGAUUUGAAUUAUAAUAGUGACAACUUGAAUGGGAAAGUACGUAGAAAGAAAACCCCUAGUCCUAGUUCAGAUAUUAAAAUUAUUAUAGAAGAGCCUAAAAAAGCUAAACCUCUCAAAGAAAAUACAACUAAAAAAGUUUAUUCAAGUUCCAAAAAAGACCUCUAUGUUCUAAAAAAAACUCUUCCUUCCAAAGAAAAAAAAUAUGUUAAACAUACAAACAAUGUUAUAAAAUAUAAAGAUGUAGUUCCAGAUGAUUAUGUUGAGUUUGAAGUUGAAAUUGAUGAGGUGGAAGAUUUGAAUGAAGAUGAAUCCGACACAUUGAUUUUAAAAAAGGUUUCAAGGAAUAAAGAUUAUAAAAAACCUGUCAAACCAACAAAAUCUGAGAUUGAUUUUAUAGUUAAUGUUGAACCAUUACAGAAAGAAAUGAAUAAAAAUAAUAUUGAUAUAAGAGAAAAGACAGAAUUUAAAGAUGAAAGAAUAGAACAACCUGAAUCUGGUGUUAAAAUAGACAAUAGCUCUUUAAUUGAUUCUUCUGUUUAUGAGAAUAAUAAUAAAUACAAAAAUCAUAAUGAAACAAUCACAGGAAAGUAUAUUUUGGGAUAUUCAAUAUUAAUCAGUGUAUUUUUGUUCACAGUAUUCAUUGUGAUUAAAUUAUUCCUGCUUUAA